ACCCAGCAGCCGAGCUGUCAAACCAGAGAUGGGCGCUCAGUCUCACUAGUUAUUAUUAUAGUAACAUUUUAAUAAUUGUAAAACAAUCCAGAAACAAUAUCUGUUUUCAAUAUUAAACGGAAACCACCUUCCCGCAGCUCUUACAGAUAAUAACCUUCUAGUACAGUACAGUACUAUGAACCGAAGACUAACGAGGUUGUGUCUUCAUGACGGCCCCAGUGGACCAUGUCACUGAUCCUGUUUGCCUUUGUGGUGCGGGUGAGGGAUGGGCUCCCGCUGUCAGCCUCUACAGAUUUUGAACACAACAGAGAGUUACAAGAGCGCAAACAGCAGCUGAAGACUGUAUCUAAAGCUUUAUCGUUGCUUCCAGAAAGAGGCACGGUGAAAGGGAAGGAUCUUAACAUAUACUUCAUCUCCUCAGAGGGUGUUUCCUACAUGACAAUCUGCUCCAAUAGCUUCUCAGCCGCCAUGGCUUUUUGCUUCUUGGAGGAUCUCAGAUGGGAGUUCAGAGCUUCGUAUGACAACACCAGCAUUGGCUUGGUCUCCAGACCCUAUCCGUUUCUGGAGUUUGACAGUGUUAUUCAGAAGAUUAAACAUCAUUACAGCUACAGCAGCUUCCCCACACUGAGAAUGAACCUGGCAGCAGUUGAAGAGGAGCUCAGGGUGAGACCUUCCAAGAUCCUGACAGCAGAGGACAUGGUGAUGCACAAUGGGACAGCUAAUGGGCAUGCACAGCCUGUCUCAGGGACUGCUGCAAGUGAAAGAAUGAAGCCAGUGACAGGUCUGGGGAUCCUGUCUCUGCUUCUCAACAUCAUGUGUGCUUCGCUGAACCUCAUCCGAGGGGUUCACCUCAUUGAAUACACUCUCCAGGAUGGCAAUGAAGGGAUCUGGAAUGUAGUCGCAUUCAUUUUAGCUUUUUUCUGCUGUUUGUGGCAGUGCUAUUUGUAUUUGUUCUUCACCUCAGUAAAGAAGCUGCAGGCCUUCCUGGCACUGGCCUUUGUGUUUCUGUGUAAUAUCUAUUUAUACGGACUAAGAAAUAUUUGGCAAUUACUCUUCCACACAGCAGUGGCAUCUCUUUCUACAUAUCAGAUUUCUACAAGAAAACUUCAAGAGAAGCUAGAUGACUGUGGAGUGUGAAAACUGAAAGAAAUCCCAGUGGCUAUAAACUAAUUCAUACUGAUUCAUGAACUGGAUUACAGAGGUGAAUUCAACCAACACUGAGACUUUUAUAACCAAUCUGCAUUCCAGUCAGUAUAGACUGAUUCAUACUGAUUCAUGAGCUGGAUUACAGAGGUGAAUUCAACCAACACUGAGACUUUUAUAACCAAUCUGCAGCGCCUUUUUUAAUGGCAAUGAAGCCCAUGCAAUGUUUUCUUAGUGUUUUUGUUUAUAUUCUUAUCUCUCAAUGCAGUUCCGUUUUGUUUUCUGAAAUGCACUUAUUUUCUGAUCUGUAUCCAGCAUUAUUUGCACUGCAUUGGUUUAAAAUGCUAACAGUCAGAUUCUGGGGCUGCUACCAUAGCAUUGUCUGAAACCUCAUGCUUUAUAUUGUAUGCUGCAAAAAACAACCUUCUAAUUCUACAUGUAAACCAGUGCAUGAAAGAAAGGAAGAAGUGUUUAGAAUAAAGUCAAAGGUAUGUAAGAGUCUUGAGGUAUGUCCAGGCAUUGCACCAGGACCACUGCUUUGAGCUCUUCUUACAAUAUCAUAUGUAAAUGAAUUACAGAGAAUGCUACAGUAUUCAAAUGUAGUAGAGAUGUAUGUGCUGGAGAGGUAGCAUGCUGUCUUGUAUUGGCAGCAUGUUUCAAAGUCGUUAUAAAGUAGUUAAUUACUGUAUAAAUCAACCUCACAGGUAAGAUAUGGGCUAAUUACAAUGCAUCAGCCCAGUCAUCUAGAAUUAAUAAUCAAUUACUGUAGGUUAACAAAAUUCUACAGUAUUGUGCCUAGUGAUAGUACCACCAGCCCACGCCCCCCCCCAGUCAACACAUACAGGCAUCCCAUAUAGAGUGCAUGGACUUCACUUAUUUUGGCUAGUAGGUACAGUACCAUGAGCAUAUCCAACUCAUAAUGUUGUUGUGAGCACACAUGCCUGUCCGGGUCAUGCACAGACAAUAUUAUUAUUUCUUCAUUUCUUGUAAUCCUAUAUUGGAAACCAUGUCAUUUUACAGCAAGUGUCUUCUUGUAGCUAUAGAACAGCUGAAAAACACUCCUUAUUUCAACAUGUGGCACCGAUGGAUCUGAUAAUUAUACAUGUUUGCAGUGUGCAUGUUUCCAGGUGCUGACUGCUGAUUUUCAAAACCUUUUAUUUUGACAACAUGUUGUAAUUUACAGCCCCUACUUCGUGGAUUAUAUUGCCCCAUAAUCAAUCAUAGUUUCCUUCACUUUCCUUUAUAAGCCAUACACAGCUGGUCCCAGAUGCAGGAUGUUACAGUGCAUGCCUUGGAGGGCUGCAGAGCCCCGCUGGUAGUCAUGGAAACAGCAGGAUACACGUAGUGAAAAGAUUGGGUUUUUCAUAUGGUGAAGUACAAAUUGAAAUGAAAUUCUGGAAACCGUCCUUGUUUACUUGUUCUCUUGAAGGCAGUAGUUUGUUAGUGUUACUAGUUUGUACACUGUGUUUCCAAUGCUUUUUACAGCUGCAAAGCUUGACUGCAACUUUGCUCUGUACUGAGGACUCUGUUUACAAGGCAAAAUGUACAGCAGGCUGCAUUUUGCUGACUUUAACAUUUUCUUUCUCUCAGAUUUAUAGCAUGUAGUUUAAUAUUCAAGGUAACUUUCUGACAUUAAGUGAGUUGGUUUUCAUUUAAUCUCCGGGGAUGGACAUCUUGCAUUUAUACAGGAAGCAUUACUAGAGAUAAUAGAUAUUUUUAUUUGAGUUUUUGCAUUACUUUUCUGGCUCCUGGUUUUAUGUUUAAUUUUUUGGUCUAGGUCUUUAAUGAAACAGAUUAUUUUACCUUUGGAAGUUAAAAAAAAAAAAAGUUGAAGGAAUGAAGUUUAAUUUUGUUCUGAUGUUUUCAAGCAUUGUGAACAGAGCUUCCUCCAAUUCCUCACAUGUAAUGAUCAUCUCCUCGGGUAUUACUGUCAGUAUGCAGAGCCUGUUCCAGCGAUACAGACACUUCUCUGAUCCACAAUACACUGCAUUGCAAAUCUCUAUAGUGGAGCUACAGAGCCGCUGUCAGAUUCAAAGCACCGUAUCAGAGGAGAUACAAAAAGGGACAGUAACAUCAGAAGUGACAAGUGAUGCACCAUAUCAGAGGAGAUACACAAAGAAGGGACAGUAACAUCAGAAGUGAUGGGUGAUGCACCGUAUCAGAGGAGAUACACAAAGAAGGGACAGUAACAUCAGAACUGAUGGGUGAUGCACCGUAUCAGAGGAGAUACACAAAGAAGGGACAGUAACAUCAGAACUGAUGGGUGAUGCACCAUAUCAGAGGAGAUACACAAAGAAGGGACAGUAACAUCAGAAGUGAUGGGUGAUGCACCGUAUCAGAGGAGAUACACAAAGAAGGGACAGUAACAUCAGAAGUGAUGUGUGAUGCACCGUAUCAGAGGAGAUACACAAAGAAGGGACAGUAACAUCAGAACUGAUGGGUGAUGCACCGUAUCAGAGGAGAUACACAAAGAAGGGACAGUAACAUCAGAAGUGAUGGGUGAUGCACCGUAUCAGAGGAGAUACACAAAGAAGGGACAGUAACACCAGAACUGAUGGGUGAUGCACCAUAUCAGAGGAGAUACACAAAGAAGGGACAGUAACAUCAGAACUGAUGGGUGAUGCACCAUGUCAGAGGAGAUACACAAAGAAGGGACAGUAACAUCAGAAGUGAUGGGUGAUGCACCGUAUCAGAGGAGAUACACAAAGAAGGGACAGUAACAUCAGAAGUGAUGUGUGAUGCACCGUAUCAGAGGAGAUACACAAAGAAGGGACAGUAACAUCAGAAGUGACAAGUGAUGCACCAUAUCAGAGGAGAUACACAAAGAAGGGACAGUAACAUCAGAAGUGAUGGGUGAUGCACCGUAUCAGAGGAGAUACACAAAGAAGGGACAGUAACAUCAGAACUGAUGGGUGAUGCACCGUAUCAAAGGAGAUACACAAAGAAGGGAAAGUAACAUCUGAAGUGAUGGGUGAUGCACCGUAUCAGAGGAGAUACAAAAAGGGACAGUAACAUCAGAAGUGACAAGUGAUGCACCAUAUCAGAGGAGAUACACAAAGAAGGGAAAGUAACAUCUGAAGUGCUGGGUGAUGCACCGUAUCAAAGGAGA